AUGCCUGCCCCGACGGUCAAGCCCGUCGCCUCCAAGAAGAGGAAAAAUGUCAAGGAGGCCGCCGUGCCCUCCUCCAAGCGCCGUGCCGUCGCUGACCCCGACCGCGCAGAUGCGACCGCCAACAUCCAGGAGCUCGAAGACCAGAUCUCCGAGUCCCGGAAAUACUACAACAACAUCGCGACCCUGAUCUCCAUGCUCAGCACCGAUGAGGCGGCGAAGAAACCGAAUAUGGCCGUCGCGGUGGCCCUGUGUCGGGUUUUCAGCCGGUUGAUCGCGGGUGGGAACAUGACGGAGACCAGCCGGGCUGCAGAGAAUGAGAAGGUCAUUGUGGCUUGGUUGAAGGAGCGUUGUCGGGAGUACCAGAAGCUCCUGUUGUCGAUUAUUCGCGAAAGUGAUUCUUCCUCUCAGCAGAUCACGGCCUUGACCCUCUGCCUGUGCCUCAUCAACGAACGUGCCACACACCUCCCCGGCGAAGACAUCCAAGUUUGGUCCUCGGGUCUGUUCAAGGGCGUUUUCGAAUCCGUCGUCGAGGCCACAAACGGACAGGCGGUGCUGUCCGAGUUCAUCGAGAAAACCAAGGAAUUCGAAGAUGUGCGCUACUUCACCUUCAUGCAACUUGCUGAAUACGCGACCACCGAGCGCAGCAGCGAGACCAUCGACCUCCUGAUCUCCAUACUAUCAGCAAGCGACUCCGUACCGGGACCCGAGCACGAAUUCGAGAGUCUCUACACGCAAUCCAGCCAGAAGAACAAGAAGGUGGUGUCGGUCAACUCGCAGAAGAAGCGCGCGCAAGACGCCUGGCUGGCGAUUCUGCGCAACAACCUCUCCCAAUCGCAGCGCAAGAACCUGCUGCGCAUCAUGGUCCACAACAUCGAGCCGUGGUUCAACCGCCCCGAACUGCUCAUGGACUUCCUGACCGACUCCUACAACGUCGGCGGCGCGACCUCCCUCCUCGCCCUCUCGGGUCUCUUCUUCCUCAUCCAGGAAAAGAACCUCGACUACCCCCAGUUCUACCACAAGCUCUACUCCCUCCUCGACGCCGACCUGCUCCACUCCAAACACCGCUCCCGCUUCUUCCGCUUGAUGAACACCUUCCUCGCCUCCACCCACUUGCCCGCCACCCUCAUCGCCAGCUUCAUCAAACGCCUCUCCCGCCUCGCCCUCAACGCCCCUCCCCCCGCCAUCGUCGCCAUCGUCCCCUUCAUGUACAACCUGCUGAAAGAGCACCCCACCUGCGCUCUGAUGAUGCACCGCAACGUCCGCCCCGAGUCCCUCAAGGCCCAACUGGAAGCCGAGGGCAUGGACGACCCCUUCGACCCCUCGGAAACCGACCCCGUCCGCACAAACGCCAUCGAGAGCAGUCUGUGGGAGAUCGAGACCCUGCAAUCCCACUACCAUCCCAACGUCGCCGCCAUCGCCCGCAUCAUCUCCGAGCAGUUCACCAAGCAGUUCUACAACCUCGAGGACUUCCUCGAUUACACCUACCAGGGUAUGCUGCAGGCGGAGCUGGGCACCGAGGACCGGCCGUUCAAGAGGACUCCCGUUGUGGAAUACCAAAUACCCAAGCGGAUCUUCACGGAUCGGUUGCUGGAGGAGGACGGUGGCCAGGAUACGGCGCCGGGCAGUCUCGUCAGGGAGCUGUGGGGGUUCGCGUGAUGAAAGUAUAUAUCCUAUUGCGGGGCUGUGCAUUUAGAUUUGUCACUUCUUAGCGUACAUAAUUAGAUUUGGGAUCCGGAUGGUUUAUUAUCACGGUGAUUUUUUAUAUAAGAAAAAAAAAGUUUGUCAUGCCUAGUCUAAAGAGAAAGAGAGAGAGAGAGUGUGUGUGUGU